CAACCAUCAACCAGAUCACUAAAUCAGCAGCCAUGUACUGCUCAUUUAGUUUAGUGGCGGUGGUACUUCUGUCAUAUUGUGAGCUUCAUACGAUAAAUGCCAACCACAAUGCUGAUUUUUCGUUCCUUUCGAAUCCUCAAAAGGCUCGGGAAUUUGCCAGAAAUUUUGUUUCCAAUCUGAAGGACUGCGGUAUGUUUAAUUAUGAAUCCGUGGAAGACUACUAUGAAGUAAUAAUAAGUUUAACGAAUGCCGAAAUAAGCAGCAAGCAAAGGCAUUACACAAAAGCUAAAGAAAAGGCAAUGCUGGGGGCAUUAGCUUCAUCGAUUGCUGAGCUAACGAUAGUGGAAAGCAAACAUAUCAGUAUAACAAUUAAACUGAGAGCUGUUAUACAAGCUAUAAAAGUUACUUUUCGGCAAAUAAAUUGCCCAGAAAACAAAGAUUUUAUUAGCGAAAUAGAAGAUAUGGUAUUUGUACUUAGCCGACAUAAUUCCGACUCAGAGAAUGAAAUCGAUAUCGAUAGCGAAUCAGGCUCAGUUAGCGUACAGACCUCCAUAAAUGUCAAUGAAGGUGGAUCCAAUGGGCAAGGAGGGAAUAGUAAUAACAACGGAAUAGCAGGGCCAAAUGGACCCGGAUCGGACAGCGGACCCAUUUUCAUAGAUACAGUUGUCAAUUAUGAGCCCAAUGGUGCACAAAACGAUGCAGGAAAUGGAUUGGGAGGACCAAAUGGACCAGAAGGACCAAAUGAAGGACCUAUUAACGUAGACACUGAGGUCAAUAUAUAUCCAAACGGCCCAGGAGGACCAAAGGGACCAGGAGGACCAAAGAAUCCAGAAGGACCAAAAGGACCAGGAGGAACAAAAGGACCAGGAACGUCACCUUAUGGCCCAGGAGGACCAAAAAACCCAGAAGGAUCAAACGGACCAGGAGGACCAAACGCACCAAAUGUCGAAAGACCUAUUAAUGUAGACACUGAGGUCAAUAUAUAUCCUGAGGGUCCAAGCAAUGAAGGACCAAACGGCCCAGGAGGACCAAAUGGAAAAGGUACGUCACCUUAUGGCCCGGGAGGACCAAAUGGCUCAGGUGGACCAAAGAAUCCAGAAGGACCAAACGGACCAGGAGGACCAAACGGCCCAGGAGGACCAAAGAAUCCAGAAGGACCAAACGGACCAGGAGGUUCAAAGGGACCAGGAGCGUCACCUUAUGGAACCAAUGGAAUGGUUGAAAACUUUUGA